GUGAGAAAACAGAUAAAUGAGUAUCAGGCCAUCAACAACCUGCAAUCAUCCCCAUUCAGUAUCGAGAUUUUCAUGGAACACGACGACCGUUCGGCGGAAACGGACCGCCUCGAGCGCGGCUUGUUGCUAGGCGGCGGCUCGGAUCCCGACCCGGCCCACGACCGCCACCUCACCGACAGCGACGAGGACGAAGACGAAGAGCCGGCCCUCUAUGCGGCGUCGUUUGCCGAAUCGGAGGAGAAAUUCGUCAAAUACCAGACGGCGCGGUGGGUUUCUUACUCGCUGCUUCUGAUCCUGGCGUGGGGCAUCGGCUUGUUCAUGCUGGUUUAUCUGCCCGUGCGGAGGUAUGUUCUGCGCAGAGACAUCCGCUCGCGAAGGCUCUACAUUACGCCCAAUUCCAUUGUUUACAAGGUUAAUCCUUUUGGUAUCAUCUUGUUAUCAUCGCUGUUUUCUGAUUGUUCCCGUUUGGUGAUUCUGUCUUGUUUUGUUGAUAUGUUGACGGUGAGAAGGCCCAUGCCUUUUCCGUGUUUCGGAGUUUUGAAGAAGGAGAAUCACAUCUUGCUGCCAUCAGUGGCUAAUGUUUUAAUAGAACAGGGAUAUCUGCAGUCCGUAUACGGCGUAUACUCUAUUAGAAUAGAGAAUAUUGGAGUGACACGGCCACCAAGUGAUGAUGUCCAAAUACUAGGUGUUGCUAAUCCUCAUGCUUUCAGGAAGGCUGUUCUUAUUCGUCUGGCAAACAUGAGAGCUGAGGUGGCAUCUGGACAAGAUAAUCCAACCAUGAAUGCUGAUCAUCCUUCAGUUGCUUCGACGUCACCAUUAAGACAGCUGGGGCAUGAUUCUUACCCACAAGUCGAGGAGUUGGCUAUUUUACAAAAGCUAGAGGAGGUCGGAAGUUCAGUGAAGAGAGUUGAAACUUUGAUUCAAGAGCAGAACUUACAAACUACAUGAACUUGCAGAGUUCAGUGGAAAGUCUUUGUUCAAAAGAGGGCUUUUUGCCUUUUUGUUGAAUUGAUUUUGAAAUGUACACUGUUACUGUGAAGUUAUUUGUUAUACGUGUAACAAAGGAGGCGAUUUACACUGGGCGUGAAUGAUGAAACUCAUCAUAAACAUAUAUUAUCCUUUUCUAAGAGAAAAAAAGAUUGAAAAAAAGUAC